UGAAAAAAAUGUUCAAUGAGAAUGAAAUUAUGAAUGCACAACACAGAAUGAAUGUCUUAAUUUAUUUUUGCAUUUGUAAUGUUUUAUUGCAGCAACCUUCACAUUCUUAUUUGCCUCAAGUUUCACAAAACAAUCAUACAAUGUCCUCUUCUAGACCUCCCAUUAGAAAGGACCCUGCUUGGAAAUAUCAUGAGGAUUUUCCAGGGCAAAGAAAAGGGCAAACAAAGUGUAUAUUUUGCAAAACAAUAUUCCAUGGAGGCAUAUAUAGAUUGAAAUACCAUAUUGCUGGUGUGCGUGGGCAUGAUGCCGACCCAUGCACAAAAGCAGUCACUGAGGCCGUACGUGAUUGCUAUGUAAUGGUUGAAGAAAUUGAAAGGAAAAGGAAAGAAAAAGAGGAUCUCACAGUCAUUGGGAGACAUGCACCUUUAGGAACAGGGACACAAUUAGGUUGUGUUGGAGGGCCUUCUUCCUUACCUUCAUAUCGUCCCACUCAUUUUGCUACUACUCAUGCUUCCGGUUCUGCUUCUAUAAGUGCCAGUGCCAGUGCCUCUGCCCCUUCUCAUGUUCCUAGCACUGGCAGUGGUAGUGGGAGUGUUAGCAUUGGACCUAGGAUUCGUAAAUCUAGGUUGGAUACCUCUUUUGCACCUCGCACUACUCCUGGGUCCCAACAGUCACUUGAGAGCAUGGGUUGGAACAAGGAGGUCCAUGAUGCUGCUAAAAUGGUAGUUGGCAGAUUUUGGAUCUAUGGCAGUAUUCCAUUCUUCACAGCCAGGUCACCUUAUUGGCAAGAAAUGGUUGAUGCCCUUACCAUUUGUGGGGCGGGGUUCAAAGCCCCUUCUGAGUUUGAUUUGAGGGGACCCAUUUUGACUGAAUUGGUGAAUGAUGUGAAGAAAGAAUUGGGUGAUCAACGCCAAAUAUGGAGCACUAAAGGUUGCACCAUCAUGACUGAUGGUUGGACAGACAGGAGAAAUAGAACUCUCCUUAAUUUUCUUGUUUCUUCCGCAGGGGGCACCGUUUUCAUCAAGUCUAUUGAUGCCUCCGCCCAUUGCAAGAAUGCCACCUACCUAUGUGAGCAGAUAGAGGAGGUGAUUAAUGAGGUGGGUGAAGAGAACGUGGUACAGGUGGUGACUGACAAUGCACCAAAUUAUGUUGCUGCAGACUAUUGAUGGAGAGGCGCCCAUCUAUAGUUUGGACUCCAUGUGCCGCCCAUUGCAUUGACCUCAUGUUAGAGGAUAUUGGAAAACUUCCAUGGGUCAAGACAUGUGUAGAAAAGGCAAGAAAUGUGUGCAAAUUUGUAUAUAAUCAUUCAUGGGUGUUGGCUCUUAUGAGACAAUACACAGAGCAUAAGGAGUUAGCUCGUCCAGGAAUCACAAGAUUUGCCACAAACUUCAUCACAUUGCAGUCCAUGCUUCGUUGUAAGAUGGCCUUGAGACGUAUGAUUGUUGGUGAGGAGUGGUCUUCCUCAUCCUAUGCUGCCACCCCAGCAGGGAAAGAUAUGGCAGACUGCAUUUUUGAUGAGCGAGGCUUUUGGAGCCCUUGUGAUGAGAUAGUGAAGUUUGUUAAGCCCUUGGUGGUUUUGUUGCGAGUUGCGGAUGGAGAAAAGCCCGCAAUGGGCUACAUAUAUGAGGGCAUGGAUAGGGCGAAAGAGGGCAUCAAAUCUAUCUAUGCAGGAGAUGAGAGCAAGUAUGGUCCCAUUUGGCAGAUCAUUGAUAAGAGAUGGCAUCAUCAGCUUCAUAGGCCCAUCCAUGCAGCAGCCUAUUAUUUGAAUCCGGCAUUCCAUUUUAGCCCUACUUUCAAGGCUGAUGCGGAGGUCCUUGAUGGGCUAUACUCAGUCAUGGAGAAGAUGGCACCUGUUGGUUGUACUCAGACAGAUCUUAUGCGAGAGCUACAGUUGUUCUCAAAUGCACAAGGGGAGACCUUUUCUCGUCCUAUCGCCAAAGAAAGUAGGACAACUAUGAUGCCACGUAAAAAUAAAUUGU